AGGAGGCUUAGGUCUCCCUCACUCUUAAACUGUAUAAAUACCUCGAAUCAAUCCUCUCCGUUUUACCCCCCUCUUUCUCUCGCUCCUCAAAAAUAUAGAAAAAAAUUCGAUAUUUUUCUUAAUCAGGUCUUAGCAUAUGGGUUCUAACUCAGUUGAGGAUAUGAUAGAAGCCUCAUCUGGGGUCCACUUUUCUGGAUUCCAUAUGGAUGGUUUGGAGUCAAAAAAUAUUGAGAAGCCUACAACCUCGCCGGGUGCUGAAAAUGUGCAUAAACAACCUUUUAUUAUUGGAGUUGCCGGGGGAGCAGCAUCUGGUAAGACUACAGUCUGCGAUAUGAUUAUACAGCAACUUCAUGAUCAGCGUGUAGUAUUAGUUAAUCAGGAUUCCUUUUAUCACAAUCUCACUGAAGAGGAACUUGCUAGGGUUCAUGAAUACAACUUUGACCAUCCUGAUGCAUUUGACACAGAGAAAUUAUUAGAUUCUAUAGAAAACUUGAGGCAUGACCGAGCAGUAGAUAUUCCAAACUAUGAUUUCAAGAGUUAUAAAAGUAAUGCUUUUCCUGCAAGAAGGGUUAAUCCUUCAGAUGUUAUAAUUUUGGAAGGGAUACUCAUUUUUCAUGACCCUCGUGUGCGAGAGUUGAUGAACAUGAAGAUAUUUGUUGAUACAGAUGCUGAUGUACGUCUGGCUAGAAGAAUAAGGCGUGAUACUGUUGACAAAGGAAGAGAUAUCGGUGCAGUCCUUGAUCAGUAUUCAAAGUUUGUGAAGCCUGCCUUUGAUGACUUUAUACUUCCAACAAAGAAGUAUGCAGAUAUUAUCAUUCCCCGUGGGGGAGAUAAUCAUGUAGCAAUUGAUUUGAUUGUGCAACAUAUCAGGACAAAGCUUGGACAGCAUGAUCUUUGUAAAAUUUACCCAAAUUUAUAUGUCAUUCAAUCAACUUUUCAGAUACGAGGCAUGCAUACCCUCAUUCGUGAUUCUCAAACAACUAAACAUGACUUUGUUUUUUACUCUGAUCGGUUGAUUCGUCUGGUUGUUGAACAUGGGCUGGGACAUCUGCCUUUUACAGAAAAGCAAGUGAUCACUCCAACUGGGUCUGUAUAUACAGGUGUGGAUUUCUGUAAGAGGUUAUGUGGUGUUUCGGUUAUUAGGAGUGGUGAGAGUAUGGAGAAUGCGUUGCGAGCAUGCUGCAAAGGUAUCAAGAUUGGCAAAAUUCUUAUUCACAGGGAAGGUGACAAUGGUCAGCAGCUUAUUUAUGAAAAACUACCGCAAGACAUCUCAGAGAGGCAUGUAUUGCUACUGGAUCCUAUCCUAGGCACAGGCAAUUCAGCUGUUCAAGCCAUUUCCUUGCUUAUAAAAAAGGGUGUACCAGAGUCCAACAUCAUAUUUCUCAAUCUCAUAUCUGCACCUCAGGGUGUACAUGUGGUGUGCAAAAGCUUCCCAAGAGUAAAGAUUGUAACGUCUGAGAUUGAAAUUGGUUUAAAUGAAGAUUUCCGAGUUGUCCCUGGUAUGGGUGAGUUUGGAGACCGAUAUUUUGGAACAGAUGAUGAUGAUAACCUGCAAGCGGUGGCCCCUAUGCAAUUGUCCAAUCAGAGCUGCUGAAAUUUCAAUACCAAGUUGAUAUACUGCCUCAACUGGAGGGUUCAACUAAGUAUGUUUUAGUCAUAAUGAACUUGGAAACAAUUUUGACUUAAUCAGACCUAGAGUUCCCAUAGUUGAAUUGUUAUUAUUGUCAUUAUUAUUAUUUGCCUUUUUUUUCCCCCUAAAAUCUUUGGAGUCACACACUAGGGCUGCCAUUUACAGAAUCCUUGUCAUCAGAUGAUAAUACAUGAAUGGUGUUAUAAGGGACUAGGGAGUGGUAGCCUAUUUCUUUUCUUUGAUGGUAUUAUAGGGGACUGGGGAGUAGAGUUGCAGGCACAAGUAGUUUUAUAGAAUGAUAAUUAUAUGAUAUUUAUGUGUACUUUUAUAAACUCCGAUAGUUGAGUUCCAUAUAAUGAAAAUCCAGACUUAUUUCAAUCCGCUAAUUAAGACCAAA